CAGUUUGGCUUCAGGUGUUCGAGAUUCAACAGCAAUUAAAGACUUGCCAGCAGUUGAAAAGGUUUUUUAUAAUGACGGCUUCGGCGUGGGAUAAGUUUUUAUUGUUAUCAUGGAAAAAUUGGAUAAUUCAAUUGCGACAUCCAAUUCAAACGGUUUUUGAAGUGUUAGUUCCAGUUUUUGUUUGUACACUUUUGAUUGUGAUUAGAGGCUUAGUUGAUGUUUCGGAAGUGAAAGAUGAUUUUAGAUAUCUACCAUUGGAAAUAGAUGAAUUAAGUUAUGAGAUGAGAGUUGGUAAUUUUUCAACAAUCUUGGCGUAUUCUCCUGAAAAUGAAGUUCUUGGAAGGAUUGUUCAGAGAGCUGCAGAUCAGUUUGAGUUUUCUGUCAUCGCUCAAGAAAAUGCUGUAGCUUUACAAGGCUACGCAAUGACAUUUGAACCAUUUGCAAGUAUUGAAUUUGAGGACAGUUUAAAAGAUAUCGUUGAACUACCAGCGGAAAUCACUUACGCACUUCGUUUUCCUGCUGAGUUAAGAACUGACAACGAACUCCAACAACAAUUUGCUGGUUUUGCAUACAACUGGGGGACAAAUUUUAAAUUUGGUAGUGAAUUUACUAUUGGCCCAAGAAAUCCAAGCUUCAAUGAUGGCGGUGCACCUCCUGGAUAUAUCAACCAAGGAUUCAUUCAAAUACAAAACGCAAUUGACAAACAAAUCAUUCAUGAAACAUCAAAUUUGACACUUGAAGAUCUUCCAAAACUUUUCAUCCGACGCUUUCCUUAUCCGUCUUACGUCUUAGACAUUGUUGGAUUUAUUUUGGAAUUUGCAUUGCCAUCAUUAUUCUUGAUCGGUUUCUUAUACAACAACAUCAACAUAAUUAAAUAUAUUACGAUUGAAAAGGAAUUGCAAUUGAAGGAAGCAAUGAAGAUCAUGGGACUGCCGUCUUACAUGCAUUGGAUCGCAUGGUUCACUAAAUGCAUGAUUUUCCAACUUGUCAUCAUUUCAAUUAUCACUGGAAUGUUCAAGAUUGGAUUUUCAUCUCGAAGUGGUUUAGCGGUUUUAACUUACGCUGAUUGGACUGUCGUUUGGGUUUUCUUAUUUCUCUACGUCAUGGCGGCCGUCACUUACAGUUUCAUGUUCUCAACAUUCUUCAAUCGCGCUAACAUCGCUGCAAUCGCUGGCGCUGUUGGUUGGUUUGUUCUGCUUUUCCCUUACAACUUAAUGGUUCAAAAUUACGACAGCAUUGGACUUAAUGUUAAGUUAAUCGCAUCGUUGCUUUGCAACACUGGAAUGGGAUUUGGUUUUCGUGUAAUGACGCAAUAUGAGACAGCUGGCGUGGGAGUUCAAUGGAGUAAUGUCUUUCAGCCUAUUUCUCCUGAUGAUGACUUAGCACUUGGUUACAUCAUGAUUGUUCUAUUCAUAGCUUCAAUUCUUCAAAUGACCAUCGCUUUAUAUGUUGAAAAAAUCAAACCCGGCGAAUUUGGAGUUCCCGAAAAAUUUUAUUUUCCUUUCACAAUCAAAUUUUGGACGGGAAGAGUCAAAACUAAAGACAAUGCUGAUGACAUACUUUACAAGAAUAAUUCAAAUUUCGAACGUGAACCAAGUGAUAAGAAGGCAGGAAUCGAAGUUCGGGGAUUGAAGAAAGUCUACGAAAAGAAGCUUGCAGUGAAUAAUUUAAGUUUGAACAUGUAUGAAGAUCAGAUAACUGUGCUGCUUGGUCAUAAUGGUGCCGGGAAAAGUACAACAAUGUCGAUGUUGACUGGAUUGAUUCCACCAUCAGCUGGAACGGCAUACAUUGAUGGCAAAGACAUUCGCUCUGAUAUCAACUCCAUCAGAGGUUCACUUGGCUUGUGUCCACAACAUAAUGUCUUGUUCAAUGAACUCACAGUCAAGGAACACAUCACGUUCUUCAGUAAACUUAAAGGAAUCAAGAAACCAAGCGACAUUGAUGAACAAAUCAGAAAAUAUGUGGAACUACUGGAACUUACUCCAAAACUUAAUGAACAAAGCAAAACAUUGUCCGGUGGAAUGAAACGAAAAUUAUCGAUUGGAAUCGCAUUGUGUGGAGAUUCGAAGAUUGUCAUGUGUGAUGAACCGACAAGUGGAAUGGACCCUGCAGCAAGACGAGCUUUGUGGGAUCUUUUAAUUAAAGAAAAGAAAGGCCGAACAAUUUUAUUGACAACACAUUUCAUGGACGAAGCUGAUGUCUUAGGUGAUCGAAUUGCAAUCAUGGCUGAUGGAGACUUGAAGACUGUUGGAUCGUCAUAUUUCCUGAAAAAGAAAUUCGGUGCUGGUUAUCGACUUGUUUGUGUGAAAGCACCAAAUUGCAAUCCCGAAAUCGUCACAAAUCUUCUCUCAAAAUACAUUCCGGACAUUCAAAUUGAAACAAACAUCGGAUCUGAAUUAACUUUUGUUCUGAAUGAAGAUUACGUGUCGCAGUUUAAGACAAUUUUCGCUGAAUUUGAAUCGAAAUCUGUGUCGAUGAAGAUUUCAAGUUUUGGUGUUUCAUUGACAACAUUGGAAGAAGUUUUCAUUAAAGUUGGAACAGAUUCAAAUGCAUUGUCGAAUGAAUCAGCAGAAGGCAUCAGCAAUGAAAGCAAUGGAAGUGACGUCGGAUCAACAGAUUUAUUGAAUGUUGAUUACAGUAAAUUCGAACACGGAUUUAAACUGAUAAGAAGUCAGAUAAAGGCAAUGGCUAUGAAGAGAUCUCUCUACACAUUACGAAAUUAUAUUCUCCUGAUCAUUCAAUUUCUGAUUCCACCAUUUUUCAUAGUCAUUACAAUGCUAAGUGCAGAUAUUCUCGCUGGCAAUCAAGAUUUACCAGCGUUGGCGAUAAGUUUCAAUGAAUAUCUUGAAACUGUCACGACCAUUGAAACAGGCGACAUUCAAAGUGGAUCAAUUGCUGAAGGAAUAUUAACGAAAUAUAAAGAAGCCUUUGAAGCAUUGCCAGACGUUCAUGAAUUGAAUCUUGUUGAUUCCGAUUUUGAAAACGAAAUCCUUCGCCAAUAUGAAGUUUCAACUUCUCAAACCAACUUGAAAUUCAUGGUUGGUGCGACAUUCACAACUGAUCAAAUCACUGCAUGGUUUAACAAUCAAGCUUAUCACACAACAGCUUUAACCAUCAAUUUAAUCAACAAUGCAUUAUUAAGAAGCACAGACGGAAAUGAUCGAAGAUCAAUUAAUGUGAUCAACAAACCUUUGCCAUUCACAACUUCAACACGAUUAACACAAUUGGGAGCUGGCAACAAUCUUGGAUUCAACAUUGCAUUUAAUGUUGGGUUUGGAAUUUCUUUUGUCACCGCAAUGUUUGUUCUGUUUUACAUCAAAGAACGUGUGAGUCGUGCAAAGCUGCUGCAAUUUGUCAGUGGAGCGAACAAAAUAAUUUUCUGGAUGACUUCAUUCGUCAUUGAUUAUCUGCAAUUUUUCUUAAUCAGCAUUUUAUUCAUUGUCGUGUUGGGAGCUUAUCAGAAAGACGGUUACAGCACUUACGUUGAACUUGCACGAAACUUUUUGCUUAUGGUUGUGUUUGGUUUCUCCGUCUUGCCUUUCACUUACGUUCUUUCAUUCAUGUUCAAAGUUCCAUCUACUGGAUUAGUUCGGUUGUCAAUCGGUUACAUAAUUUCUGGCGUUUUCUUCUUCAUGGCAUAUUUCAUUCUUAACAACGAACUUUUCAAUCUACAAUACAUUGCGGAACCUCUUGGAUGGACAUUUUUCAUCUUCCCACAUUAUUCACUGGCACGAGGAAUGAGUAAUCUUAACAUCAAACAUUCAACAAUCAAUUUAUGUGAACAACAAUUGGGAUUCUUUCCAUCAGAAAUUCUUAACCUAGAGAGUUUAACCUUGGAUUAUGUUUGUGAAGAAUUUGACUUACCAUGUGAAAACGCUGAUCAAAUUCAGAACAUAAAAUUACUUUGCGAUUUAAAGAGUUCAUGUUGUGAUCGAAACAUUUAUUCAUUCUCUGGAGAAGGCAUUGGAACCAACUUAGUUGCACUUGUCUUAGUUGGAAUUCUUUCGUUCUUAAUGCUGUUUGCAAUGGAAUACAGAUGGCUGCAAAACAUUUACUACUAUCUGACAAAGACAUUAGAACAUUCCUUGGAUGUUCCCGAAUCUGAAGAUGGUUUCGUAGAUUCCGAUGUUCUUGCUGAGAAAAUCAAAAUAAGAUCAGUAACCGAUUUUCUACGAGAGAAAUGCAAUCUUUUGAUUAAAGAUUUUACGAAAUAUUACGGGAAGAGACUGGCAGUGAAUCAGAUUUGUGUGGCAGUUGAUAAGGCAGAAUGUUUUGGAUUGCUUGGUGUUAAUGGUGCUGGUAAAACUUCAACAUUUAAAAUGUUAACAGGCGACGAAUCGAUUUCAUCAGGUGAAGCGUGGGUGUAUGGUUUAAGUGUUAAAAAGGAUAUGAACAAAGUUCAUCGUCGUAUCGGUUAUUGUCCACAAUUUGAUGCUUUGUUUGACGAUUUGACAGGAAGAGAAACUUUGAAGAUAUUCGCACUUCUCAGAGGUAUUCCAAGUAGAGACAUCAAUCAAGUUUGCAACCAAUUGGCAGAAGGAUUAAGCUUCACCAAACAUCUUGACAAAAGAGUUAAAGCUUAUAGCGGAGGCAAUAAAAGGAAAUUGAGCACGGCUUUGUCAUUGAUCGGUGACCCGACAGUCAUUUAUUUAGAUGAACCAACAAGUGGAAUGGAUGUUGGUGCUCGUCGACAAUUAUGGAACAUGGUCAUAAAAGCAAGAAACUCUGGCAAAUCAGUAAUUCUUACUUCUCACAGCAUGGAAGAAUGUGAAGUUUUAUGCACAAGACUUGCAAUCAUGGUCAAUGGAGAAUUUAAAUGUUUAGGAUCAACACAACAUUUGAAAAAUAAAUUUUCUAAAGGAUUUUUCUUGACAAUUAAAGUUGGAGACAGCAAGAUUGACAACAUGAAUCAACUAGAAAAAAUAAUCAAUGUCAAAACUUUUGUUACUCAAACAUUUUCUUCAGCAGUUUUGAAGGAAGAGUACAUGGACAUCAUGAAGUAUCACAUUCCAACUGCUAAGAUUAAAUGGUCACAAAUGUUUGGACUUAUGGAAGAUGCAAAAAUGAGACUUGGAAUUUCUGGUUAUUCUUUAGGUCAAACAUCACUUGAACAAGUUUUUCUAUUUUUCACUAAAUAUCAACGCAUUUCAAAGUAGAUUAUUUUCUAGAUAUGUCAUAUUUAUUUAUGUUAAAGCAUUCAUAUUUAUGUUAAAUACAUUGACAAGAUUAACAAUAAAUUUAACUGAUUAUCUCAACGA